AUGCCGAACGCGUACGAGAUCUUCAUGACGAUGCUGUCGCUGCUGGAGUCGAAAGCCAGCGACAUCUACAACAGCGAGGAGAACGAGUUCUGGGAGCAGCUGGCCAUCAAGAUGAUACUGGUGCUGAAAAGACUGACGGCUUUUGGGUUCAAGAAGGGCGCCGUGAUGCUCAAGCAGAGAAACGACCAGCAGGAGGUCGCGGCGGCGGCCAAGGCCGUGACAGAGCGGUUUUUCCCGCCGCAGCUCGUGCAGAGCCUUGUCGACCUGCUGAUCACGUGGUACCUGAAACUGCGGCCCGCGGACGUGGCUUCGUGGACGCUGGAGCCCGAGGAGUGGGUCAACGAGGAGCUGCAGCUCAGCUGGGAGUACCAGAUCCGGCCGUGCGCGGAAAACUAUUUCCAGGACCUGGCCGUGUGCUUCAGGCCGCAGCUGGGCGAACGCGGUGCUGGCGGUGUUCCAGCUGAGCGCGAGCGCGAUCAGCGAAAACUGCAACUUCGACCAGCUUUUCCGCAGCUAUUUCCUGCCCGAGGCGCUGAAAGACGCUCCCGUCGAGAACAAGCUGGUCAAGCGGCGCGUGUGUCUGAUCGUGAGCGAGUGGCUGUCAAUCCAGUGCUCCAAAGAGACCAGGCUCGAGGUGUACCGGCUGGUGCUGCGGUUUCUGCAGAACACAGACAUCAACGACAAGGUGGUGCGUCUGACGGCCGUGCAGACGCUGCAGCACCUCGUGGACGACUGGGAGUUCCGCAAGCACGACUUCCAGCCGUUUUUGUCGGAGGCCGUGGCGCGGAUGCUCGAGCUGCUGCGCAGUCUCGAGUUCACCGAGUCCAAGAUCUUCGUGCUCAAGGUUCUGUCGCUCAUUUUGGAGCGCACCAACCCGCUCGUGUCGGAGAAAGAGCUGCUCGACAUCAUGGCGAUCGUGCCGGCGAUGUGGGACGAGUCGAACAACGCCAACGAGAUGAUCAUCAAGAACUCGCUGAUGCGCGUGCUCCGCGACCUGACCGCCGCGCUCAACAGCAACAGCAGCAAGGCGCACCCGAUCGUGCUGCCGCUGAUUGCGCUGUGCUGUGA